CUUUUUGGCCUGCCAGUGAUCGCAAUGUCUGAGUCCGCUGCUGCAAUUGCAGCCGCAACGAUUGCCUUCAAUACGGAGUUAUGGACACUUUAUUCGUUCGGAGUUCUCAUUACGGUCUUCCGGACCUUUGCUCGAGUGAAGAUGGUGGGGUUGAAAGGACUUCGAGCAGACGACUUUAUGGUUUGGGUUGCCAUUUUAAUUUACACGGCGCAAUCGACUUUGGCGUACACAGCUGUCAACCACGGACAAGGCCUUGCUAACAAUGGAAUGACGGACGCUGAACGGGCUGAACUGUCCCCCGACUCUACCGAAUACCAUCUGAGAGUAUUUGGCUCGAAGAUCCAGAUCGUCGGGUGGACCACUUAUGUCUGCUUGAUCUGCACGCUCAAAAUGGCAGUGCUCGUCUUUUACAUUAGACUAAUGGAGGGUCUCAGUAAUUAUUGGCGCAUUCGCAUCUGGAUUGGAUUUGGGCUCGUCGGUGCGACCUUUAUGGCAUCAUUCAUAACAAUCUACGCAGGAUGCCAACCGUUCUCCAAAUACUGGCAGAUCAAUCCAGACCCAGGCAACGCCUGUCAGGGAGCUGUGGCUCGUCCCAUCGUCUGGGUUACAUUCGCUUCUAGUGUGAUCACCGACAUCUACCUGAUUAUGGUUCCGCUUCCUAUGCUUUGGGGAACAAGCUUGCGACUUGUGAAGAAGCUCGCCGCCACUUUCGUGCUCGGUGCAGGUGUAUUUGUCCUUGUCUGCUCACUUCUCAAAACUGUCUUCGUUAUAGUAGAUCCCGUCCACGGUGCACAACUCGCAGGUGAAUGGGGUACUCGAGAAGCAUUCGUCUCAGUAGUCACCACCAACCUCCCGAUGAUAUUCCCUCUCCUCAAGACAUGGUUAAAGCCACUAUUCGGCAGCGCGCUCUCUUCCGAACGCACAAACACUAAACAUCCAUCUGGCUUUCGAACAAUCGGUGAUGGUGGUGGUGGAAGCUCAGGACCUGGUCGAAGUAGGAAACCGACGCACGUCACCGAUAACUUAUCUUUCAGUGAGAGCGAGGAACGGAUUGUCGGCGAUAUCAAGAUGAAUAAUUUGGAGGUUUAUGCUGGGCCGGCUGCGCCUGAUCGUCGACCAUCGAAGGGAAUCAUGGUCUCCAACGAAUUCAAGAUGGUGGAGGAUGAAGCAAGUCAACACGGGGAUCACAAUGCGAAGAUUGUUCAGGAUACGUGGUAA